AUGCGGGUCGGAACUUACCCGACAAGGGACUUCGCUACCUUAGGACCGUUAGAGUUACGGCCGCCGUUCACCGGGGCUUCAGUUUGGUGCUUGCACACCGCCCCUUAA